UAUAAUAUUUCCAGUUGAAUGAAUAAAAGAAGAAACUGUAUGUGUUCCAAUCCUAAGCAUAAGAAAAUCAGACCUCUGUAUGACUGACUUAAGCUCUGGCAAUCCAUCUGCUCGAGCCCAGUGAUGUAAAUGUACCAGCUGUUUGCGGAGAGCCACUCUGAGCAGUGCAGGAGGCUGGUCCCUUUACCUUAACUCAGCCUGUUUCUCAGAAUAAGUCAGUGUCUCGCCAUCCAUCCUGCAUUGUUCUAAAACCCUCACAUCAACCAAUCCGAGAUCCGAAUCUAAUCCUCUUACAGGUCAAUGACUUUUGCACAGUAGCCUUAGUUUUUGAGAUUCAGAGCUUUUCUAUGAUGCACUGCUGAUGUUGUUGUUGCUGCUGCUGAUGUGACAAUGGCAAGAUCCAUCUGACACAGGGGGAAAAAUAAAGAGAGAUUUGGCUGUGCUGAGAGCGAGGAGCAUGGGUUUGUAAACAGCAGGCAAAGGAAUUGAUGAGGAGAAAGCCCAGGAAGCCAUACCAACAACUUCACUCAAAAUGAAGGCUCUUCUGCUAUUGGUCUUGCCUUGGUUGAGUCCUGCCAACUAUAUAGACAAUAUGGGCAAUCUUCAUUUCCUCUAUUCUGAACUGUGUAAAGGAGCAUCACAUUAUGGCCUUACCAAAGAGCGUAAAAGACGAUCACAAGACAGUUGCCCAGACUGCAGCUCGUCUUUGGAUCUCACUGUUGCAGCCGUAACCCCUGAGCUUUCAGCUUCAGCAGCCAUAGCCUUAGCAACUGAAGAAACGGGUCAAGACAAUCCAGCAUUUAGUCCUGCCAAAGGAGAAAGCCACACUGCAUGUGAAUCUGAAGAAAACUGCAGGCUUAACAGAAAUAGAAAUCGGAACUUUGAGCGUUCCACUGUCAGAAGUCUGUCUUUUAAGAAACUAAAUCGAGCAUUUAGUGUCCUUCGGAGAACAAAGAGUGGGAUCGCUGUGGUUCAUGCUGCCGACAGAGAGAGAGCAAACCUGCAAAAUGCCAACAUCGUAGAAGACUCUAUUGGUCUUCCAAGACAAUAUCACCUGAUUCCAGAUGGAGAGAUCACCUGCAUUAAAAUCAAUCGGGCUGAUCAAAAUGAAAUCCUUGGCAUUAGAAUUGUUGGAGGCAAUGAGACGCCUUUAACGCAUAUCAUCAUACAGCACAUUUAUCAGGACGGGGUUAUUGCUCGAGAUAGGAGACUUCUUCCAGGAGACAUGAUAUUAAAGGUAAAUGGCAUUGAUAUAAGCAGCGUGCCUCACACAUAUGCACUUUCAGUUCUCAGACAGCCUUCCAAAGUGCUAAGGCUUACAGUGCUCAGAGAACAGAGGUACAAGUGUCGAUCCAAUGGAGUCCCAAUGGACCAACACAAUCCACAAGACGACAGCAUUCAUGUUGUAUUAAACAAGAGCAGCCAUGAUGUGCAGCUGGGAAUAAAAUUGGUCCGAAGAAGAGAGGAGCCUGGAAUAUACAUUUUUAACUUAUUGGAAGGAGGUGUCGCUGCAAGAGAUGGUUAUUUGCAUGAAAAUGAUCGGGUCUUGUCAAUUAAUGGUCAUGAUUUACGUAAUGGGACGCCUGAAAUUGCAGCCCAGCUCAUACAGGCCAGCGAGGAGGGGGUUUACUUUAUUGUAUCGAGGCUGAGCAGUCAUCAGACCCCUGAUAUCUUGCAAGAGGCCGGGUGGCACAACAAUAACAAUGACAGCCCUGCAACAUGCACCAACGAGAGGAACCAUUUCAACAAGAGUGUCAGCCGCACGGUUUUGUGCCAUGAGAAGAUGGUGAGCAUAAUGAAGGACAACACAGAGUCUCUGGGAAUGACUGUAGCAGGAGGAGCAUCCAACUGGGAAUGGGACCUGCCUAUCUUUGUGACCAGUGUGGAUGCAGAUGGAGUUAUUGGGAGAGACGGCAGGCUAAAAACAGGUGACAUAUUGCUGAAUGUCAAUGGCGUUAACCUAACAGGAGUAAGUCGCAAUGAGGCUGUGUCCCUGUUAAAGAACUCUUCUUCCUCCUCCGUGGUUCUAAAAGCCCUGGAAAUAAAAGAAUAUGAGCCUGAAGAGGACAACAUCAACAAUGCCCUCUACAUGGACUACCUCCAGAACGUCUCUGAACAGAACAGAGAAUGGUCACCGGUCUGGGUCAUGUGGUUGAAUUUGCCUCACUAUUUGUACAGCUGUAAAGAGGUUGUGCUGAGGAGGAAUACUGCUGGAAGCCUGGGAUUCAGCAUAGUGGGAGGUUCGGAUGACGGCAGCAGGAUCAAGCCUUUCUUUAUUAAAUCCAUACUGGAGGGGACACCAGCUUAUCACGACGGAAGAAUCAGAUGUGGUGACCUCCUUCUUGAAGUGAAUGGAAGAUGCACGUCGGGGAUGCCAUAUAACUCCUUAGUGAGGAUGCUGAAAGAAAUCAAAGGAAGAGUUGUUCUUACCAUAGUGUCAUGGCCUGGAUCCUACUUGUAAGAAGAAACCCAGGACACCAGAGGAACCUCCAUCCCUAGCAAAGGGUUUAGUUUACAGAAGAGAUGUUCCUGUAAUACACAUUCCAGAUAAAAUUCCAGCUUCUUUUAAGGGUAUUUGUUGAACACUUGCAUCUUUCAUCUGUUUUGGGUAUAAAAUGGACGUGUGCAGUUCUGGGACACCACUAGUGAUGGGUGAAUUUGUCCCGUUUCGCUUUGCCAAAAAAUUUGCGAAAAACACACUUAAGUCAAUGGACGUCAAAAUUAUUUUGACGCACUUCAAAUUUGACGCCCAUGACCAUUUUUAUACGUGCGCCUAUUUUGUCCAAAUGCAUUAAAGUCAAUGAGUGUCCGAAUAAUUUUGACGCAAGACAAUUUUUAUGUGCGCGACUAUACUGACAUGCGCGGCAGAUUUAUCCACUGGCCGCGAAAUGUGGAAAUUCACCACAGUUUUGUGCCUGCUGAAUUUAUUCGCCCAUCACUAGACCCCACAGGUAAACUGCUUGUCCACCUGCAUUAAAAGAGCUAGAAUAGAUGCGCUUGAUAUGAUAAUUUGUCGUCCAAUGGUUUUUGUCGGUGGUUUUUUCAAGUGUUGGCAAGUGAAUAUUACAUGCUAGUAAUACUGGUUGUGUCAAAAUUGCAGCUCUGUAAACGUUCAUAGCUUUGAAUUAGCCAACUUGUGGGUUGGUCGGCUGACUGUAACAUUUGUGAUGUGUUUAAUGACAUUUUACAGUAUGGAGAGAAUUGAACAGUCAAUGAAAUAUUCUUAAUCAAAUUUCUCUACUAUAGGAAUGGUUGUUAGACAGUGUAAGGGGCUCCAGCAGAACUACAGCUCCCCGGCUGGUUAGACAUCCCUUAUAUGAGUUAUUUAAUGAGCCUGUUAUGAAAUGUGCAAUAUUUGUACCCAGUUAAGCACCAGCAACUCAUAUAUUGUCUGGAUAAAGUCCAGUCAUUCUGCUAUACAACUGAUUUCGUAGACUUGCGGGCCCAUUCACCAAGCUCGAGUGAAGGAAUAGAGGAAAAUAGAGGAAAAAUAGAUUUUCGACUGUUUUUUUUGGCU